AUGAUUUCAAGGUCCAUACGAAGAGCAGCUCAACAGUUUGGAGUCCCAAAGAACUGCCGUUAUUCCUCAACAAUUGCGUUGAAAAAUGCGCUUGACACAAUUGAGCAAUACAAUCCAGACAUAAAUGCAUUUAUCUCUGUCAAUGAUUCACACAUAUUGCAAAAAAAGGCAAAAGCCUCUGACGAGAGACAAGCACAAGGAAAACCACUGAGUGCGUUGGAUGGCACCACUGUGGCUAUCAAAGAUAACAUUUGCACCAGCUUUUUACCAACUACAUGUGCAUCUAAUAUGCUGAGAGACUUCACGUCACCUUACGACGCCACUGUUGUGAAAUUACUGGAUGAAGCUGGUGCAUUGAUUGUUGGCAAGACGAAUAUGGACGAGUUUGGCAUGGGUUCAUACAAUGUUCACAGCGCAUUUGGGCCUGUCAUGAAUCCAAUUGGGUAUAGCAAAAAAGAAACGAGGUCUGCAGGAGGUAGCUCCGGUGGAAGUGCUGCUAGCGUGGCCAUGAACAUGUGUACAGCCGCAUUGGGAUCAGAUACGGGUGGAUCAGUCAGAAUGCCUGCAUCCUACUGUGGAUUGGUUGGAUUCAAGCCUACCUACGGCAGAUGUUCUAGACAUGGAUUAAUCGCAUAUGCAAAUUCAUUAGAUACAAUUGGUAUAUUAACAAGAAAUGUGCAAGAUUGCUCCAAAGUGUACGACAUUAUUUCACACUAUGAUGUCCAGGACCCAACAUCGAUACCAAGCGAACUACGAUAUCAAUUAGAUGACCAACACCAGACUUUGCUAUCUAGACUCCAACAGCAAGGCAAUUUAGAAGGGUUAGUUGUUGGUGUCCCACAAGAAUUUUACGUCGAUUCACUGUCGCCUCAAGUACUCAAAGUGUGGAGAAACGGAAUACAGCAUUUGAGGGAUUUGGGCGCAACGAUAAAAUCAGUGUCAAUUCCUCAUAUAUCCUUAGCUUUACCUGCUUAUUAUAUCAUAGCAUUGGCAGAAGCGAGCUCAAACCUAUCUAGAUAUGAUGGCAUUCGCUAUGGUUAUCGGAGUAGCGAUAUAGAUCAAGCAGAUCAUGAACUAUUGUAUGAGGCAACUCGAACACAUGGAUUUGGACAUGAAGUACAAAGACGUAUAUUACUAGGAACGCAUGUGUUGACUGCUGGUACAUUUGAGACGCUGUUCCUUCCUGCCCAAAAAGCCAGAAGAUUGAUUCAGAGUGAAUUCAACCACGUAUUUUCACAACCCAAUCUAUUAGACAACGAUUCUACAAAGCACGGAGAGGCAGAUGUGCUACUAGUACCUAGCGCGACAUCGACUGCACCCAAUCUGGACAAAACUCGCAACACUGACAAUGGCGUUGAAGAAUACAUGGAUGAUGUGAUGACAUUACCUGCCAAUUUAGCAGGAAUUCCUGCCAUCACAGUACCAUUUGAGGAGAAGGACGAGGGUUAUCCAAUUGGAUUGCAAUUAUUAGGCCAAUAUGGUCAUGACAAAUUCUUACUGCACGUAGCCGAGCAAAUGACUAGAAAAUAG